AGGACUGGAACGGCAACCACGAGGUGGCCUGGUCGUGGCUCUGGGAGAACGUGGAGCGCAUGCUGAAGUCGAUGAUGGGCCGGCCGGUGCAGAUGGAGAAGAGCCUGGAGCGGCUGUGGAACAGCCUGGACGAGAACGGCCAGGCCCUCGUGCGCCGCGAGGUAUACUCGAAGUUCUUCGCGCUGGCUCCAGCGGGCCAGGACUACUUCAAGCAGUCCACCACUCGGCUUCACUUCAUCGCGGACCGAAUUGUCUCCAUGACUCUGGAGAUCUACAAGGAUCCGAAGAAGAUGGUCGAGGACAUCUCCGCCCUCGGCCUGCGGCACGUCGGGUACGGCAUCCCCACUGAGCUCUUCGGACCCUUCGUGACGGCCUGCGUACAGGUCAUCCGCGGCCUCACCGACGACGACGGGGCCGAGGAGGCGUUCCGCUGGUCCCUCAGCCUUAUCUCGCGCAUCCUGACGCGAGUGAUCACGGAGGGCUCCACGAUCGUCAUGAAGGCCAUCAACGUCAACUCCAGCCUGCAGCUCCGCAAGGCCGUCGGUUGCGCGCCGCGCGGGAAGCGCGCCAUGUGGAUGCUCAACAUCCAGGUCGGCACCCAGUCGAUCUCGCCCCUGCUCUGGGCCAUCGAGACGGGAAGCCUGGAGGCCGCCAAGGCUAUAAUCCAGGACCUUCUCACGAUCAGGGCGGACCGGGACCGCUACUACUACGGCAUGGACGCCAUGUUCGAGCGGCACGAGGACA